UCAUCCACACGCUGCACAGCCCUGCAAAAGCAAUUCUAGUCAAAACACAACUUGCCUGGAAGAAGGGACGUAUAGACUGGAUAUUAGAAGGAAAUCUGCAGGAUGAUAAACCCAGCAAAUACAUUCAACUAAUCUUGAGGACAUGUGCACACAGGAGACAAACAGUAGCAGCCAGUGGUCAAUGAGCUGCUAUUUACUCCUCUUUAAUUAAAGGUGACAUACUUAAUAGCCGGUACGUCCUAGAGAGAAUGAUUCCUCCAAGCAGCGCCAUGGGAGACAGCGUGGAGAAGGAAUAUGAACUUGGAAACACUGAACAGCCUCACUCUCCAGCUUCCACCAGUAGCCAAGAAUCAAAGCUCCAGAAACUUAAGAAAUCACUGUCAUUCAAGACCAAGAGUGUACGAAGUAAAAGUGCUGACAACUUCUUCCAAAGACCUAAUAGUGAAAUGAAAUUCCAAGUAGAGUUGGAGCCAGAAGGUAGUCCCACCAACGCCAGCCAGAUCCAAAGCUCAGAGACUCAGCUUUCAACCCCUACCAAAGUCCUACAACCACCUGACAGCAAGGCACAUGCUUUUCAGGAGCACAUCUUUAAAAAGCCUACUUUUUGUGAUGUAUGCAACCACAUGAUUGUAGGAACUAAUACAAAACACGGCCUGCGAUGCAAAGCCUGCAAAAUGAGCAUUCACCACAAGUGUACAGAAACAAUUGGUUCACAGAGCUGCAUGGGAAAACUGCCAAAAGGUUUUCGACGCUACUACAGCUCACCGUUACUUAUACAUGAACAGUUUGGAUGCAUCAAAGAAGUAAUGCCUAUUGCUUGUGGAAACAAAGUCGAUCCUGUCUAUGAAACCCUCCGAUUUGGAACCUCUUUGGCACAGAAAAACAAGAAGAGCAGCUCUGGAAGUGGGUCCGACUCGCCCAAUAGGAACUCUACUACAGAUUUAGUGGAAGUUCCUGAAGAAGGGGAUAAUCCAUAUUUGUUGGAUAUAGGCAGACAACGUAGUGAUAGUGUUUUUAGCUACUUAGAAAAUGGCACAGACGCAUUUGGAUUCCGUGAGGGAAAUAAGAAUAAAAACAAACAGCAGGUUAUACCAGUAUUUAAAGAUGCAGUAGAUGCUUUUGUUGCCUUGUACAAAUUUGUACCACAAGAAAAUGAAGACUUAGCAAUGAGACCUGGGGAUAGAAUAACUAUAUUGGACGAUUCAAAUGAAGACUGGUGGAAGGGUAAAAUCGAGGACAGAGUCGGCUUUUUCCCCGCUAAUUUUGUACAAAAGGUCCAAAGUAACGAGAGACUCUUUCGUUGUACAAGAACAUUCAUUGGGUGCAAAGAACAAGGACAGAUAACACUGAAAGAAAAUCAGGUAUGUGCCAGUUCAGAGAAGGAGAACAAUGGAUUUCUGAAAGUCAUCAGUGGGAAGAAAAGGGGAUUUGUACCCAUGGAUAUUUUGGAAAAUGUGUGACUCUACAAUUUGG